AUGGAUAGUGAAAACCCCGACCGUGAAGUUCUGCCAACCAAUGUCACACCGGUGCACUACGACCUGACCGUAGAGCCUAAUUUCGACAACUUCAAGUUCGACGGGAAGGUCAACAUUGACCUGCAAGUCAACGAUGCGGCCACAGAUUCGAUUGCUGUUAACACCAAUGAAAUAGAGAUCCACGGUGCGGAAAUUGCUGGAACGGCAGCCGAGAAAUGGGCAACCGAUGCUGAGACCCAGGUAACGACCUUCGAAUUUCCCAAGGGUCUGUUGAAAGACAAAAAAACUGCCACUUUGGAACUAUCAUUCACAGGUACAUUGAACGACAACAUGGCGGGUUUCUACCGGGCCAAAUACACCGACAGACUCACGGGUGAGACCAAAUAUAUGGCAACCACGCAGAUGGAACCAACAGACGCCAGAAGAGCCUUCCCAUGUUUUGACGAGCCCAACCUAAAGGCCACUUUCGACAUCACCUUGAUAUCUGCCUCGCACCUCACACAUCUGUCCAACAUGGACGUGAAGUCUGAGUGCAUCAAGGGUGACAAAAAAUACACGUCAUUCAACACCACACCCAAAAUGUCUACUUACCUGGUGGCCUUCAUCGUGGCGGAAUUAAAAUACGUUGAGAACAAGGACUUCCGUAUUCCGGUUCGUGUGUAUGCCUCUCCCGGCGAGGAGCACAAUGGUCAGUUUGCUGCCGACUUAACGGCAAAAACGUUGGCAUUCUUUGAGCGUGCUUUUGGUAUUGAAUAUCCACUACCUAAGAUGGACAAUGUUGCUAUUCAUGAGUUCAGUGCUGGUGCCAUGGAGAACUGGGGGUUGGUCACCUACAGAGUUGUAGAUCUUCUACUUGACCGCGACAAUUCGUCGUUGGGUCGUGUCCAAAGAGUGGCGGAAGUUGUUCAACACGAGCUGGCUCACCAAUGGUUCGGAAAUCUGGUGACCAUGGACUGGUGGGAAGGACUAUGGCUUAAUGAGGGGUUUGCGACUUGGAUGUCGUGGUACUCCUGCAACGAAUUUGAGCCUGAAUGGAAAGUAUGGGAGCAAUACGUAUCGGACAACCUACAGUCAGCGUUGUCACUCGAUGCCUUGAGAUCUUCUCAUCCAAUUGAAGUUCCUGUCAAGAGGGCUGAUGAAAUCAAUCAGAUUUUUGACGCCAUCUCGUAUUCUAAGGGCUCUUCUCUCUUGAGAAUGAUCUCUGUGUGGUUGGGCGAAGACGUUUUCGUGAAGGGUGUUUCUCAAUACCUGAACAAAUUCAAAUACGGCAAUGCCAAGACGGGUGAUUUGUGGGAUGCGCUAUCUGACGCAUCAAACAAAGACGUGCGUAAAGUCAUGAACAUCUGGACCAAGCAGGUUGGUUUCCCAGUUGUUACUGUCAAAGAAGUUGGCCACCAAAUCACCUUCACACAAAACCGUUACUUAACUACAAAUGAUGUCAAACCCGAAGAGGACCAGACUCUUUACCCAGUAUUCUUGGCAGUAAAGACCAGCAAAGACAUCAACCCGUUGGUUCUCGACGAGAGGUCGAUUACUGUCAACAUGGAGGACACAGAAUUCUUUAAGGUAAAUGCUGAUCAAGCAGGUCUCUAUAUCACCUCUUACUCUGACGAAAGGUGGAAAAAAUUGGCUGAACAAGCAGAGUUGCUCUCAGUGGAGGACAGAACUGGAUUGGUUGCCGAUGCUAAGGCCCUUUCUACUUCUGGUUACACACCAACCACUAAUUUCUUGGAGUUAGUCUCUCAUUGGAAAACGGAAAGCUCUUUUGUUGUGUGGGAGCAGAUGGUAAACAGUUUAUUUUCGUUGAGAGCCAGCUGGAUUUUCGAGCCAGCCAGUGUGAAUGGGGCUUUAAAUGAAUUCACGAGGCAACUUGUAGAUGCUAAGCUGAAUGAGCUAGGUUGGAGUUUCACCAAGUCCGAUUCUUACGCAAAUCAGCGUAUGAAGGUCGAAAUGUUUGCUUCAGCAGGUAGUGCCAAAAUGCCCUCCGUUCUAUCUGCUAGUUUGAAAAUGUUCGAAGCUUACAUUUCUGGUGAUAAGCAUGCCAUUCCUGCUCUGCUAAAACCCGCCGUUUUCACUGCCGUAGCAAGGAAAGGUGGCGAAGACUCCUAUGAAAAGAUCUUUAACAUAUACAAGAAUCCCGUUAGCACAGACGAAAAGCUUUUAGCCCUCAAGAGCCUAGGUGCCUUCGAAGACCCAAAGCUCUUGCAAAGAACUUUGGGCUACUUGUUUGAUGGUACGGUUCUUCUACAAGAUAUCCACAUUCCCAUGAUGGGCAUGAGGGGCCACGCCGCUGGUGUCCAUGCUCUCUGGGUCUGGACCCAAGAAAAUUGGGAUGAGCUUGUUAAGAAACUACCUCCUGGCCUCUCAAUGCUAGGGUCCGUAGUGAAGAUCGCUACUUCUGGCUUCACGUCGUUCGAGGCUAUCGAUGAGAUCAAGGAUUUCUUCAGCAAAAGGUCAACGAAGGGUUUUGACCAAAGUUUGGCCCAAGCCCUGGAUACUAUCACUUCUAAGGCUCAAUGGAUCAAUCGCGACAGAGAACUUGUUUCCAAGUAUCUGAAAGAUCAUGGAUUUGACAAGUCUGGCUAA